CUUCUGCUUCGCACUGAUGAUGAUGAUUGAUGACGUCGCUGUAGCUAAAGAGGAUGACUCCUGUCACUCUUCGACUUUUAUAACAGGGCGCGGCGGAAGACGGUACAACGCCAUGCUACCAAUCUAAAUUUCCCUUUUGGGCGUUUAUAGCCGUCGAUCAAAGGGAGUUUUUACGAUGUGACCGAUGAGCAACAGAUGGCGCGUCGAUGCAUUUUCGUUGUCACGAACAUACUGGCCCCUUCAGGAACUUCGUGUAUACUCGAUGAUCAGCUGCUCUGCUACCGGUCUCUUUCUCGCAUCGGGACUGUCACUGCUAUACGAUCGAUGAAGCUUCGACGGACGAUUUGUUUAUACACGAAAGUCGACGAUAGAAAAAUGGUCUGCAAACAUAAGACCCGCCCACACGAAUUGCCGGCGAAAAAGUGACGUCAUUUGACAUUGGGCGACUUGAAGACUGAUCGUUUUUAAAUUGGUGUGUUUUUUUUUGUCGUGCGCUCAGCCAUCUUGUUUGGUAAAAGUUUGUUUACUUUUACCCGAGCCGCGAGCGAAAGGAAGCAGCUAACAUACUUGGCACCUGAUCCUGCGACAAAGGAAUCAUUAGCGCAAUUAGUUGUACAGUUUGUGCAGUACCAGGAGACCAAACUCACUACUAGGUUGCCGAUGCGAUGUUUUAUGGAUUUUAAACCGGGUGGAUCGCUUUGUCAUAUUCUGGCCACGAUGUACAGUUACAAGGCUGAACAGCGCUGGCGGAAAUUCGAUUUUACGGUAAACAAGGACCCCAUUAUACAGAUGCUGCUUAACAUGAAGACGGCUCUAAUCGAAGCUGAAUACAUGCGGCUACCGAUCGUUUACGUUAGGCCCGAAGUGGACAAGGCUACUGCUAAUCGAAUAUCGAACAUUGUAACCAAUCAUCAGGGUGAGAUGACGAUGGACGAGGAGGAGGCGACGCAUAUCAUCUAUCCGGUGGUUGAUCCCCUGCUGGAGGAUUAUGCAAGGCCUACAUUCCGCCGGGAUAAGCAUGUGAUGAUUCAUUGGUAUUACUUCCCGGAUUCGUACGAUACCUGGGUACCGAAUACGUUUGAUUUGCCGGAGGCCGUGCCGGAUUCUCCGAUGUCACCGGGUGACCGUUGGUCUGUUUCGCUUUCGUGGGUAACCGAUCUGGAAGAGUACAAUGAAUGGAUGGCAAAAGAGGAUUACGAAGUGGAUGAAGCCGGUCGUAAAAAGGUCCACAAACUGCGACUCGGUGUUACGGAUCUGAUGGCCGGUGGAUCGGACGAUAAAGUGAAGAAAGCUAAUGAUGAAAGUUGUUCAUCAGAAGUGCAAACGAUCGCCUUCUCCGCAAGCAAAGGGUGGUAAACGGAAGAGCGGUCGGCCACCGGCCGUAUUCCAAAAAAAAACCUUGUGCUGAUGACGAACAAUCAGAAGAUCUGACAAAGGAUAUGGACGACUCCCAGCCGGAAACUAAUCUGACUGAGGUGAAGGCUGGUUCGAGCAAUUCUGCUUCAGGUCCGGCCACUCCACAGCCCAAGAGAGAUCCGGAAAUGAUGCCUAUAAAAUAUGCAACAAUGACGGAUCUGGAUGACGACAUUGACAGAGCUAAUGCGGAUCGAACGGGAGAUGAUAGUCAAGCUGGCAAAACCAGCGACAACAGCAACUCAGGAGUUUCCUCACAACAAGGACGACCUGGAGGAUAUUGUUACCGAGU